AUGAUAACAAGAAGAAUAAUCAAUAUUUGUGCAAUAAGAAAGAUAUAUUUUAAGAAUGAAAUUUAAAAAUAAUAAAAAAUAAAUCAAAUAAAUUUGCAAUAAAUAAAUCAAUUAAUAAUUUAGUAAUUAUUUAGUAAACAUAAAGUAAAAAGCCAAAUAUUCACAAAAAUGAUGCAAGAUUUUACCAACCAAUUAGAUAUUUAAGGAGGUCUUCCAUGGACUAAGAAGAAUGAAAAUAUUGAAAAACAUCCAGUACAAACUAUAUAAGAAAUGAGAUUAUAUGGCUAAGAAGAAGCCAAAAUGAAGACUUACUCUAAUCUUUAUGGUUCAUAAUUUCCUAUGUUGUUGACUAUUGAAAGAAACAUCCUUGCUUAACCAUCCAGACUUCCUGGUGAAAAAUAAUCAUUAUUAGGUCUUGAUAUUAUGAUGAAUAGAUUGAACUAAAUUGAAUUCGAAGAUUUCUUGGGAACUGAUAAUCCUGAAAUGCAUAAACUUAAUGCUCAUGAACGUUUCUUAAAGAGCUUCGAUUGA